AGUGCUGCGCGCCGAAGCUACCGCGAGAGCCGCAAAGAGAGGCGACGGCGAGGAGAGGGGUUGGGCUGGGAGCCGUCGCCUGCCGCUGCGGACGAUUCGUCGCGGGCCGUUUUGAUCACGGAGCGCGCGCGCGCGUUUGCAGCACGCGCCUCGGUCUUCGCCGAUUCGUAAGCGGGCACGCCGUUCUCGCCUACGUUACUCUCGCCCCGCGUCGUGACCCUUCUCAAGAACCAUGGCGGGGGGAUCUUCCUCCAGAAGCGGCGGCAACAAGCAGCCGACGGCGCAUUGGCUCAACGUGAGCUGGGACGAUAUCGUGGAACGACUGGCCCUCGUCUUUUACACCGACGAGUCGUUCGAGACCCUGGACUACCUGAACGUUAUGCUGCUCGGAUGGGCGCUGUUCGGCCUCUUCGUCUACGUGGUGGGCACGCUGCUGGCGAACCGCUUCGGUCGUCAGCGGCCCUGCGUCGCCGCUUCGGCCAAGAGGGCCGACGGCAAGGAGCCCGUCGACGAGACCGUCUCCGCAGGGAGAGCCGAGGAACAGCAGUCUCACAUGGCCUCGGACGGCCGGUGGGCGAAAUCGAAGGAACCCGUGCCUUUUGCUGUUUCGGCCUCGGGCUCUGACCCCGACGCCGUGCUUUGGACCAACCGGGUCCUGUCGUGGGUGCUAACGCGAAAGGAGCACGAGUUCCUGUCCAAGCCGUGGAUUCAGGCGCUCAACGAGAAGCUGGCCAAGUCGCCGCCUAAGAACAACAUCGUAGUGGAGUUCGAAGCCAUUCAUCCGGAUAGCACGAAGCCGAAGCUGCACGAUGCCCACGUCGUGCUAGAGUCGAAGGAGAGCCUUACAAUCACGACUGGAAUCACCUGCGAGCGACUGAUUUUGGUGAUCAAAGUCACGAAGAGCGACGAGCCGGAGCAGACUGUCCACCGGUACAACCUCCUGGUCGAAAAACUCAACGGAAAGUUGAGGAUAUGCUGCAUUAGCACGGAGCAACUGUUUGUCGUUCGUUUCGUCCAGCGACCUGACGUCAAGGUUUCGCUGCAGUCCUCGGUCGCCGAAAACAAACCGCACUCGGUUGACCAGCGCGCCCUGGACGACGUCGUGCUGGAGGCGGUGGUGGACGCGCUGUCUUACACCGUGGCCGACAUCAGCUGCUCGGGACAGAAGGAUUUCCCCAGCUUCAAGCACCGAGCACCUGUCUCGGAGAUAAUACAGAGCACGCAACUCAGUCAAGUGGAUGCUUCAUCGCCGCCCCACAAAGUCAAGCACGAUCAUCGACUCCUUGUGAAGGUCAUAAAAGCUUCCAACUUAGGCGCGAACAAAGGCUGCAAGGAAGUGUACUGCGUGGUGGAGCUUGACGAGCCCCCGCAUCGCUGCACGACUACCGUUGCCAAGGAGACGACGAAUCCUUUCUGGGACGAGCAUUUCCUUUUCACCCUCGACCAGAAUUCAGCUGAAGUCCUGUUCGAGAUAUACGACAAGAGCAAGCCUCAAGGAGACAAUUUCCUUGGCCUUGGAAUUGUUAGCAUUUCGGAACUUAGAAGAGUGCCCAGUCAACGCCAGAUUAUCACAUUACAGUCGAGGCCUUUGGAGUAUGACAACGUUUCAGGCUCCCUGACAGUAGAGUUCCUCUACAUGGAGGGAUCCCAGAUUCCAGUGGUGGCAGACUCCCAGACAACAACAGAGUUUGCUCCACACUCGCCACAAAGCCGCAUUGUCGAGAAAAACAGCCGGAUCACCUCCGACGGAAGGGUCAUCACUACGACUACCAUAAAACGGUCACCAACAACUGAAACUAAAACAAGAGACCUCGAGUGGGAAGCUCUUCUUGCCAUCGAGGAGAAACUGCGCCUCAUGGAGAAUCAAUCAUCACCUAUGAAGCCACUUGACGAGUCUAUGGUUGAGUUCCUUCGUAGUCAGAUCGCCAGCAGCCCAGCUGAUGCCAUCGAGCACGUAACAUCUGCGGUGACGACUUCCUUAAGAGCUGAGCCAUUGUCAAAUUGCUCUGAUGUGAGCAAAACCAUGGCCAGUGGCGAGGAAGUGCCGGUCGUUGCAGCCACUUAUUGUACAACUACAAAUGCCUCUGCCUGUCCUUUGGCAACAAAGGACCCUGACACGUCAACGACAAUGUCUUCAGACAGCACUGACUUGUUCUCAGGGCAAGAUGGCAUCUCCCAGGAAGAUGACGUAGCAGAUGACAUCCCUCCCCCUCUCCCAUCCUCUCCUCCACCUGACAUGUGCGACGCUGAUGACAGUGCUACUGAUGACGGUGUUGAUGUGGACGACGCUGGGAUUGAUGUGGAUGACCUUGUUGUGUGCAAAGUUAGGAGAGCAGUUCUCACAAACGGUUUUGAUGGAUCAUUGGAUCAUACUUCCACCGAGUUUCUUGAACUUAAGUUGGUAGAAGAAGGUACAAGUGGUCUGUCCUCUGAGGAAGAGGUUGGAGCCAACGUUCGUGGGAGCCAAAUCUCAACAUGGAGUGGCACGUUGGGUGUGGAUGGCUCAAUGGUGUAUGGUGGCACCCCCAAUGGUGCUCCAAGAGCUGACCAAAAUGGCAACAUUCAUCACGAUGAUGGAGGAUCACUUGCGGAAGCAGCUCUUAAGGAACUGGAAGCCAAAAAUAGGAGUCCUACAGCAACAAAGAGCACACUUAUUAUCCACAGCGUUCAAAGGGAAGCUGCCAUUCCAAGCUUAAAGGUGAAAAUCGACAAGCAAGGACAUUGGCAUGAGGUUUCUCAGGUGGAUGACACAUCGCUCUCCAUUUCGCCAAGCAGCCUGCGAAAGCAGAACCAGCACUCUGGUGAUAGGAGUGUCUCUUCAUCAUGCAGCGAAGCAGAAGGAGAAGGUGGCCCAGAGAAACCGAAGAAACGGACAUUACUAGGCAAAAUACGAAAGCGGCUGAGCUUCAAGAAGAACCGCUCCAAGUCAAUGGAAGCUCGACCAGAUGCUGAUGCGCACAGCCGCAGUAGCAGCCGUAGUGUCUCCACCGACCGUGCGAAGUCAGUGCCACUUGGAAGUAAAAAUUGUAACAUGUCAACAGGCGUUCGCAACAAUGGUAGCACAAGGAGCAGCAUCAGCGAGGGGUCUGGAAUCAGCGCUGCCUCUAGCCGGACAUAUGUUAGUGACAAGUCACUACUCGUCGUCGAAGCAAAAGAGAAUGGUGUCAUCAGGCAUUACUUGAUCCCUCCUCAUCUGGCACAUCGCAGCAAGUGGCGAAGGAAAGGCGUCAAACUGCACAUUUUCAAUGAUCAUGUAUUUGUGGCCAAGCAUAUCCCAGGCGGGGUUCAAUGUCAUGUUUGUUCAAGGCUACUGACAAGAAGGCUAGGAAAACAAGGUUACGUCUGCAGAGGUUGUAACCUGCUUUGCCACAAGUCUUGCCAUGUGAAAACAGAAAGCGUAUGCAACAACAGCUCUGUGGCGACCAUGCAAAUGUAAGGAACCAGUGGAAGAUCUGCACCCACCGCACAUGAAGACAAGUUGAUGCGAGUAAUGAGAAACUGCUGCAUAAGAACGUGACACUUCGCAAGACUUUCUGAAGUACAGAGCACGAAGUUACUUUGGUUGUUGCCAUGAUGUGUUAAAAUGAAUGGCCUUGUGUUACUGCCCUCCGCUCUACUUGUGGCCCUUUAGAUUUCUUACAAGCAGCUUUCUAUGCAGUCUGCAGGCAGCUCCCGAACAUCGAUGCAGAGUAUUUUGUUAAACGCUCGUCUCAAAGUUGCUCACUCAGAAGAUAAGAAUGCCUUGAUGAAAUUUAUCCCUUUUCUUGGGCACAAUAGAAUACGAGAUUGCUUUUUCAUCCAAAAUAAUAUUGAAGAACUGAAACUGUACUUGUGGGAGCUGAAGAUCACAUGAUCAGACUGCUUCUUGGUACUACGUAGUGUCUUGAGUAGAACAGGAGUCUGUAACACCUCUGGUAAAUGCAGUGCAUUUUGGUGUAUGACAACCAGAUAACCAGCCAAUGGCACCAGGGGAGAUGUGUGUAACAUUACGGAUACUGUAGUACCAAGUGGCAACAAGGUGGUGUUUCUCGCUAGCUAUCACUGCUAAAGAGAUGCAUAGUUCCUCUUUUACUACACAGAACGUUCAGCAUGAGCUUACCUUGCAAGACCCAGGCUGGUAUAUAUGGCUGCAGCACAUUGUGCACAAAGAAUGAGCUCCCUUGUGUGAUUCAAUGUGAGCUGUCCUGUUAUGUGACAAUCGACAUUCUUUGGGAGAGACAAAAUCUGUGCCGUAGGCGACCAGGCCAAUGGGAGGCCGUUCACUUUUCAUUGAGGUGGAAGCCAUCAAAUGGAUUUCGUGCUCGUCGCUAGCUUUUAUGCGCUUGACGGUUUUUUUAUACGCCAAUAUUUUUUUUAUGGAUUGACUACACAGAUUCGUGUGAUGACAUACCUGAGACAAACAAGCGGUUGCUCAUGACUGCCAUCAAGUCAUAGUCGUGCACACAAUGUUCUCCCAUCAGACAAAUUUUCAUUCCUUGCCCUUUGCAGGUACUUGCCUAGGCCUGUAACGUAUGGCAUUGAAUGAGCAGUGUGGGGACACACAUUUUGUCAAGGAGGCUUGAAGCACAUUUGAAAUGAUAAUGUGAGCAAUAUGUGCAGUGCAAUAAAAGUGUUGAAAAUUUGCUAGUUGAAGCAUAUUACAAUGUAUUCUUUAUAUAUAUAU